AUGCAACCCGGAGAUAGAGUGCUUGUGCGGAAUUUAAGCGAACGGGGCGGCGCAGGUAAACCUCGCUCGCACCGAAUUCAUGUGGUGGUUAGUCGUAAAGGUGAGGACAGUCCAGUCUAUGAGGUCAAACCUGAGACCGGUCCUGGUGGGACACGAAUUCUACACAGAAACUUGUUGCUGCCAUGCAACCAUCUCCCAGUAGAUGUUGCGAGUAAGACCCCUCACAGACAGAAGUCUCGGAAAGAAAUUAUGAGAGAGAAAAAUCACGCGCCUACAACACUUGUGGAAGAGUCGUCAGAAGACGAAAGUGAGCAUUACUAG